AUGAAUUGUUUGAUUUCCUUUAAAAAUACAAGAUCAUGUUUCGUUAAUAUACCCGAUUCCUUGUUGCUGCAACUGGAUGGGCCUUUACAAGAGUAUGCAGUUUGCGUAGAGGUUCCAAUGACUAAAGAAGAUGACAAAUUGAUAAAAAACCAUUAUUUUGGCAUUUCCGGCCUGCCUUCGUUGUCGACGACAUGUGAAGUUAUCGAAAUUGAUCCUGUUUACGCUCAUGUACUAGGAUUAGCAGAUUCAGAAAGGGUAUAUAUAUCAUUAAUUAGAGUUGAUAAAAUGAUUCAAAAACUCGAAAUAAAGCCUGAUUCUCCUGACGACUGGGAAAUUGCAGAACAAAAUGCGGAUUGGUUAGAAAAGAAUUUCUUUAAUAGUUACCGCAUUAUAAGUGGAAAGAGGUUUCCAAUUUUUUUUCCUUCAGGAACUGCGAUUACAUUCCAGGUAAUGAAUGCUGAACCCAGCUUUCGCGACUGUGGUCGUUUAAGUCCGUCAUCUGAAGUGCUUGUUACUCCCUUUAUUAGAGAGAAAGUAACUGAAAGUAGUUCAUAUCUUACUUUGAGAGCUGUUGUUGAGAAUGAUCUUGUACCGAAAGAUGACGCCAUGAAUGCUCCCGAGCUCUGUGUUUUUAUGCCUGGAAGUCUUGAAUUUCCAACGCGCUCUGCUUUCAUAGAGCCAUCAGAUUCUUUUUCCUCCUCUCCUUUGAUUGUUUGUGUUGUUCAGCUUCCAUUUCAAUGGCCAGGACAGUUCUUCAUAUCUAAAAGUUUAGCUUCAUCAUAUAAAUUUUCUACCGGGCAGAUUUUUAGAAUUUGGCCUACUAAUAUCGGUACCAUGUCAUCAAAAUUUCAUCUUCGUCCAUUGAAUAAACAAAGUUCGGAGGAUUAUAUCGGUACUUUGGUCAUUUCAAGGAUUAAACAUUCGUAUUUAAUGAAUGGAAUGGAUUUACAUAUUCCUGAUUUGGAUGCUCUAUACUCGGUAGAUGGUCGUACUGGUUACGUUGAAAGUGAAAAGAAUAUUGAUAUAGACUCUAGUUUGUCAUUUGAUGCGAAUGGUCGGGUUUCUCAUACGAAAACAAGAGAUAUGCCUAACCCUUUCCAAGAAUUAAUGAGUAGCAUUGAAUUAUCGAUGAACUUUGGUUACAAUGUUUUGGUGAAUGGAAUAAAGGGUUCAGGUAAGACUUCUUUACUAAGAUCUUUAAAUCAAAAAUGUUGUACUUCUACAGUGUUUCAUACUGAAUAUAUUUCCUGUACCGAACUGAACUUAUCUUCUUUUAGUAAAUUUUCAGGUUUUUGGGACCGAAUGAUACUAAAACUGGUUGGGCGUAGCCCUAGUAUCGUGCUUUUGGACGAUUUUGAUAGUUUUUGGAACUCUGAAAAUGAAAAUAAUGAAUUGUCAUUUGUUUCAGAAAGGCAGCUUCAGUACUUUAUUGAAAGGCUAACUUACUUGAAGUCGGUGAAGGAUAUUAUGAUAGUUGCGACUGUUCAAAAUCCUGGCAAACUUCCAGCUGAUUUAAAUUCACGGUUCUUUUUUCAACAGCGAGCGAUCAUUCCUCCAAUACUAAUAAACGAUCGUGAAGAGAUUUUAAGAUUCUUUUUUAAAGAUUUGAAUCAAACUAUUCCAGAAGAGAUUUUGCGAACAAUGUCAAGAAAGACUGAUGGUUUUACCCUUCUAGAUCUUUCAUUAGUAACGAAACGUGUAUAUAGUGAACUAGCUUUAUUAGGAUUACUAGAGGACUUUGAUAAAGUUAUGAAAAGUAUAAACUCCGUUCUACAAGGAUAUGUUCCUAUGCAUACUAGAAAGACGAAGUUCGUCAAGUAUAACAUCGAUUGGAAUAGUAUCACGGGAAUGCAAGAUGCUAAGUUGGUUUUGCAAGACAUUAUAGAAUCUCCAGUGAAGUAUUAUUCUAUUUAUAAGCAAUGCUCUUUACGACUACCUACAGGAGUUCUUUUGUACGGAUACUCAGGUUGCGGUAAAACACAUUUGGCUUCUUCUAUUUCAAACGCAUUUCCGGUGCAGCUAAUAAGUGUCAAAGGUCCUGAAAUUUUAGAUAAGUACAUUGGAAGUUCAGAGCAAGCAAUAAGAAAUUUGUUUGAAAGGGCGCAAUUAGCUAAACCUUGCGUUUUAUUUUUUGAUGAAUUUGAUUCCAUCGCCCCACGAAGAGGCCAGGACACUACCGGCGUAACGGACAGAGUGGUAAAUCAAUUACUUACUCAAUUAGAUGGUGCUGAACAAUAUGAAGGUGUAUAUGUAGUUGCAGCAACUACACGACCUGACAUGAUUGAUCCAGCGUUGUUACGUCCUGGUCGGUUAGACAAACUGGUAUUUUGCGAUCUACCAAAUAAAAAAGAACGAGCGGAUUUUUUUGCUAAGAUGUUGGAAGAAAAUCAAAUAGCUGAUAAGUCAUGCAUCACUGAGCUGGUCUUCCAAACACAUGGAUAUUCAUACGCAGAUUUAUCCUCUAUAUUUACCGAAGCACAUUUAAUUGCUGUACAUCACUAUCUGAAAAAAGAGAAAUCGUUUGCCUCGAAAGAUAUAAUGAAUCCAACGGAUUCGUCUAAAGAGAGCACAUUAGACAAGAGGAUGUCAACCUCAGGAAAAGAAGAAUCAACUCGUGGCUUAAGGAAUUUUGAAAUCAAUAAAGAAUGUAUAUUUAGUGCAUUAAGAAAUACUAACUCCAGUAUAUCUGAGGAGGAGUACAAUAAAUUGGCCUCCAUCUAUAAACAAUAUACGCAUAACGGUUUAAAAAGUCAAAAAGAAAAUAAUAAAAAAACAGGACUUAAAACACGACAAGCAUAA